AUGUCAACGACUCCAUUGCCGGGAUCGCUAGAAGCUGAAUGUCCGGGAGGUCUAGACUGGGCUUGGUAUGGUCUAGGUGAAUGCAUUCGGUCUACUCGAGACAAGGUUUCCGUUGCUUUUGGUGUUAUGAGUAUCGCCGCUUGGUUCUUGUUCGGAUUUCCUCAAAUUUACGAAAACUGUGUCAAAAAAAUCCCAGAUGCCGCAGUCUCUAUCUAUCUACUGCUAUUUUGGCUAUUGGGAGACACUCUUAACUUCGUGGGUACAUUUUUGACAGAUCAGCUCUUUUUGCAAAAAUUUUUGGCUGGCUAUACCGUCCUUGUUGAUAUUAUACUUUGGAUACAGUACCUCUACUACCUAUGGCUCCACAAAUGGCGAAAAAAACACCUUGACAAUGAAUUUGUGGAAGACGAGGAUGUUAAGGAAAAGGAAAUAUCAGUAAGGUCACCGAGCGCUUCGACAGUUGGCAAAACCCUGACCACUGCAUUGCUUGGUGUUUUGACUCUGAGCUUUCUGCCGGUAUCGCUAACAUUUGGAGGGUCUGGCCCCUCUGACUAUUCAUUAAAAAUGCAACGUCAACUCUUUUCCUCCUCCACUACUGAUCCGUGGGCCAACUUUCUAUCGACACCUGGUGAGAAAGUUGGCUACAUUUUUGGCUGGACCAGCGCUAUUAUGUAUGCUCUGGGUCGAGUACAUCAGAUUUACAUGAACUGGAGGCGGAAAUGCACGGAAGGUCUCAGUUUUUACCUGUUUUUCCUUGCCGUUCUGGGUAACACGUUCUAUGGCUGUCAAAUCUUUGUCAAAUCCAUCGAUGCCGUCUUCGUUGUUAAAUCUCUACCGUGGAUUCUAGGCAGCUUGGGCAUUCUUCUAUUUGAUGCCUUUAUUCUAGUGCAAUUUUUUAUGUAUCGUCACAAUCGAAUGGAUGCCGAAGAAGGUUUCGAAUUUGCUUCUGAAGAUGAUGAAGGAAGCAUACGAGGUUAA